AUGGGGAAAGCGGUGCAGUGGCCACCGAAGUCCAGUAAACCCGAAUCAAAGAAGAAUCCGUCAAAAUGGUGUGAUUUCCACGCCGACAUCGGUCACACCACCAACGACUGCGUUGCAUUAAGGAGAGAAGUAGCCUACCUGUUGAAGAACGGAUACCUCAAAGACGUCAUGUCAGACAAAGCCCCGAAGAGGCAUGCUCGAGAAAACGAGAUAGACAGACCGACCCGAGUCGUAGCCGCAAAGUAUCUAACCCCUAUAUCUUUUGAUGAAUCUGAUGUAGGGGACAUCUCGGACAAACAUCACGAUGGCCUGGUGAUAUCCAUUCCUGUUGGAAACUGCAUGAUCAAACGAGUCCUAGUCGACAACGGCAGUUCAACUAAUGUGAUGAUGCUCGACGCCCUCAAGGAGAUGGGGCUCAACCCGGAUACAGAUGUCGUCAAGAAAUCCACCGUGCUGAUAGGGUUCAGCGGUGAGGCAAAAACCACCUUCGGAGAAGUCACCUUACCUGUUUACGCUCAAGGAAUCAACCAACAGGCCCUGGAUCCACGACAUGAAGACCAUCCCCUCGACAUACCAUCAGACCAUCAAAUUCCCAACUCGAUGGGGGGUUCAGGAAAUCAAAGGAGAUCAACAAGAAUCUAA